AUGGCUCUUCCAAGAACAGGAGUAAACUCUAUGAAAGAUUACUUGAAAAAGUAUGAAAGUAGUGAUGCAGCUAUAGACAAGAAAAGGAAGAAGAAGAAGCCAUCCAAACCCGAACCAAGAGGUGUUUUAGUUGUGGAUGAAGAUCCAGUUUGGCAAAAGCAGGUUGAUCCUGUAGAGGAAGAAAAUGAAGAUGAUUUAGCAGAGGAAAGGCCUGUGGUUGAUGAGGACAUUGAAGUUAAGAGAAUGAGGAGGUUGGAGGAAAUUAAGGCAAGGCGUGCUCAAAAUGCCAUUGCUGAGGAUGGGAGUGGGUGGGUGACGUUACCUCAAGACCGUGAGGACGCGAGAUCUGAUAUUUCUCCUCCUCGUAGACAAAGGACUCGCAAUGACUCGCCAUCCCCUGAGCCUGGGCCUAGACGUUCGGUUUCUGACAGAGUUGAAACAGAUAUGUCACCACCACGUCGGAGAAAACGUCACCAUACGCCUUCACCUGAACCUAGCAGGAAACACGCCAAGCCUGUUAGUUUGGAUUCUGAUGUCUCACCACCUCGCAAAAGAAAAGCAAGGAAUGACUCGCCUUCACCAGAACCUGAAGAUAAAGUCCGGCGUGAAGAUCUAUCUCCUCCUCGGAGGAGACAUGUUCAAUCUCCAUCUGAAAGAAGCAGAAAGCGUUCAGACUCCGUUGAGUUGGAUGGUGAUUUAUCUCCGCCUCGCAGGAAAAGAGAUUCACGUGGUUCGCCUGUCUCAGAUGUUAAAUGGGAGAGCGAUGAUCUUUCUCCUCCAAGGAGAAAACGAUAUCAUUCCCCAUCACCUGAUCCGGGUAGAAAGCCUUCAAAAUUUUCUGGCUCGAAUUCUGAUUUAUCUCCACCCCGCAGGAAUGUGAAUGUGAGAGGUUCUCGAGAUUCAGACCUUUCGCCUCAAAGAAAAACCGUGGAUUCUCGACCUUCUUCUGAAAAUGUGUCCAGGAGUUCGAAUUUUGAUAGUUCUCCCCCAAGGAGACCACGCAGAGAAUCACCACCUCCUCAAACAAGCAAGGAGCAACGAAAGACCGGAUUAAUUAGUGGGAAAGACAUUGGAAGUGAAUAUCGAAAGAAGAAGGAGGAUGAGCAAUUGAGGUUUAAAAAUAUGGAUUCUGAGCUAACCGGUCAGAAUGCAGAAGCAGUGUUCCGUGACAAGAUCACAGGGAAGCGUAUAUCAAAAGAGGAAUAUCUACAAUCGAAGCAGAAAAAGGUGGUGGAAAAGCCAAAGGAGAUAAAACUGGAAUGGGGCAAAGGUUUGGCUCAGAAGCGUGAAGCAGAAGCUAGACUACAAGAAAUUGAGGAAGAGAAGGAGAAACCAUUUGCUCGGACCAGGGAUGAUCCAGAGCUUGAUCAAAUGAUGAAGGAAAGAGUUAGAUGGGGAGAUCCAAUGGCACAUUUGGUCAAGAAAAAGCAGCACGAGACAUCUCUUGUGGAUCUAGGGGACGAUGAUAGGAUGAAAGAAUCUGGAUUCGUCAUACCACAAAGUGUCCCGAAGCACAGCUGGAUAACUAGAGGAUUAGAAGCUGCAUCAAAUCGGUAUGGUAUCAAACCCGGUAGACACUGGGAUGGAGUUGACCGCAGUACCGGAUAUGAGAGGCAAAUGUUUAAGAAAACAAAUGAGAAGAAAGCAACGGAGAGAGAAGCUUACCUCUGGUCUGUGUCUGAUAUGUGA